GAGGCCACAAAGUAAACAGAAAUCGAGGGGAGCUGCACAGGCUACGAGAUGUUGUCAGCAGUGUGCCUUCGGAGUUAAUUCUUCUGCUUUUUGGAAAGCUUACAAAUCACCGAACAGAACGAGACAAAGGUAAGAUGGAGACGGUGUGCUUCCGUUUACCUGGUCACGGGGACACCACCCUGAAGCACAUGAACUCCCUCAGGUGUCGCCAGCACUUCUGUGACAUCACCAUCAUGGCCAACAACAACCAGACGUUUCGAGGCCAUAAGGUUGUGCUCGCUGCGUGUUCUCCCUUCUUAAGAGACCAGUUUCUUCUCAACCCGUCGCCGAAGCUUCAGGUUUCGAUGCUGUACAGCUCCUCGGUGGUGUGCGAUCUGCUGCAGUCGUGCUACACGGGCUUCCUGCAGUUCAGCUCCGAGGAAAUCGUCAGCUACCUGACCGCCGCCAGCUACUUUCAGAUGGAGCACAUCGUGGAGCUCUGCCGCGGAGCGCUGGAGAAAUACGUGCAGCUGAAGAGCCGCGGGUCACAGAAGAUGAUGGCGGGGGAGGAGGGCGUGAGCCGACAGGUGAUCAUCAGUGGAAGCAUUCACUCCGUCGCAUCGUCUCCUCCCGCUCCGCCGUCCCCCGUGCUCCUGCAGACCCCUGAGGGAGACGAGUCCAGCAAAUCGGCUCAGGGCAGCAUUCGUCACCAUGACGACAGUCUGGACCACGCUUGCAUUAAGGUGGUCACGUCCGACGAGGAGGGAGAACCCCGGCAGCAGGACUACGACGUGUACCGCGUCUACGUCUCAGAGGACGAGCAGAUGAACAGAGACGCCAAAUACGAAAAGGCGGAGCCGCCGGACGCGCCUCCUGACGUCUGCUACUCAGACAAGGACGCCAUCGUCAUCGGCGGCGGCGGCUCCGAGUACGACCUCGCAGAAGACCUCAGCUCGGCCGCCUUCUCUGCCGAAAGCCUCCGCGCUUUCCGGCGCCGGCUGACCGACUCUAAAAUAGGUCGGGGCAGGGGGCGGGGCCGGGGGCGGGGCUUCAAGCGGAGGAGGUGGAUGUCCUCUCAGGAGAAACGGGCUCCCAGCUUGAUGCCGCAGGACUUGUGGUACCUCACGGCGGCUGGGAUGGGCGGGUUCGGGCUGGAUUACAGUCAGGAGGGGCUGAAGGCGGCGGAGAGCUACAUGUCCAUCGAACUGCCCAGGUUGGACUUGAACGUGAGCGACGGCGGGGAGAAGGUCUCGCCCACUGCAGCUAGCGGCCAGUUCUCCCUGGAGGAGCCGAGCGCCGGCGAGGGGGGCUCGGGGUUGACGGGCGUCGCGGCAAACGAGGGCGGGGACGAGUCCGUGGCGGUGGUGGGGUCCACGUCCAGCGUGGCGGGCCCCGUCAUCUGCGAACACUGCGGCAUGACGUUCCCGUCGGCCCACUCCCUGGCCGUCCACUCGCGCUCCACCCACCUGCUGUACGCCUGCCCCUGCUGCGGCAAACACUUCCAGCACUCCUCCAACCUGACGCGGCACAUGGCCGUCCACCGGGGGGGCAGCAAGACGCACCAGUGCCCCCUGUGCUACAAGACCUUCACGCAGAAGUCCACGCUGAUCGACCACAUGAACCUCCACAGCGGCGAGCGGCCGCACCACUGCGCCUACUGCCACGCCCGCUUCGCCCACAAGCCCGCCCUGCGGCGCCACCUGAAGGAGCAGCACGGCAAAACCACGGGCCAGAACUCCCUGCACGAGCAGGAGGAGCGGGAGCGGGCCCGGGAGUCCGCCGGGAGGGCCCAGGAGGAGGAGGAGGGGUGCCUGGUGACGGAGCAGGUGUCGUAGAACGCCAAAGACGCCCAAAGUCAACCAGCCUUCGGUCCGCCGCCACGCCCACUCACCAACAACUGUGAUGCCUUCGCAAUUUUAACUGCCAAGAUUAAAGUUCUCAGAAAGUGUG